AGUGAUACGAAGUCGCUUUACGAGCAGUGGGCAGCGUCACUAGGAAAGGAGCGAGUGUGACGCUCCUUCAGCUGUUUAGACGGCUCUGGACUCACGCAGAGGGUGGCUGCCAGCAAGUUUACAUGACGUUGUAUAUUGCAAUAGCGCGCACAGACGUAUCAAAGAAAAUUUCGUGGUUACGUAGAAUGUUACGCGGAUAAGAAACACAAUUGUUUGGUUACAAUUCAGAAGCAAACAGAAUUCUUUUUUUUAAAUUUGUGUCCUUUUGGGAGAGAGACGUUUUAACCGUGUGGCUGUGAUCUGGAAGUCGCUUAAUUUUUAACGGAGGCAGCCUUCCAACACCUGAUAUGGGUAGUCUACUGAGUUCUUUGGUAGGAGGCAACUCAAACCCUGCUUUAGACAUCCCAGAUCCAGAUACUGGGUUAACACAACGCGAGAAGAUGGCCGUUAGACGUAACUGGGAUAUUGUCAAAGCAAAUAUCAAACAGAAUGGCAUUGAACUUCUUAUAAUGUUCUUUGAAGCAAAUCCAAGUCACCAAAGAUAUUUCAAGUCAUUCAGAGAUGUCCCUCUGAAGGAUCUGCCCAGUAACAACAGGUUCCAAGCUCACUGUACAAGCGUAAUGUACGCCCUGACAAGCAUUGUGGACAAUUUGGAUGACACAGGGUGUCUUGUUGAAAUGCUGACGAAGCUGGGACAGAAUCACCGUAAGCAUGGCAUCUCAAGACAGGAAUUCAAUGAUCUUAAAAUAACUCUAUUAAAACUGCUGAAAAAGAAACUUGGAUCUAAGUUUACAUGCGAAGAUGAGGCAGCCUGGAAGAAGAUGUUAGAUGUUGCAUUCUCAGUCAUCUUCACAGGAAUGGACGAAGAUCAAGGAAGUGAAUCUUAAAUCCUACUCGACUGAAAGAUGAACAAAGAAUUCCGAGGCUAGUCUGUUAAUGGAUGAGAUGACAGCUGGGUUUCAGCACAGAUAUUUAAUAGUCUCAAAAAUUAUGAAGUGGAUACUAAAUAAUUUUGUGACGAGUCUACAUUCUUAAAGAAAAUGUCUAUUGCAUUUCUUGACUCGGACUCUUAAAAUAAAUGUGGUCCGUAUCAUAAACGUCAAAUUAACACUGCUUUAACUGAGACAGUAAUAAUUGAGUUUUAAAGAUGACAAUACAUCUGAGCGUAUCUGCAUUUUAAGAUAAUUUUAAGACAUAAAAUUAUUGUUUAAUUUCAUAAAUAAAGACUAACUAAAUUUGAGAAUCCAA